GCCGCCGACAUGGCAACGGCCUAGCCCGCCAGACGUGGGGCACGACGGGAAGCGGGGACAUGCUCCGCCCCUGGACGCUGUGGCGCAGGCGCAUGUGGGGUGCUGUGGCAAUGGCGGUGGCUAGGCUCUGCGGAAUUAGGACUAAGACCUGCAUGGCACCAGCUUUUGGGAGAUGUCUACAAAAGGAGCUCUGGACAAAGUCAUGGAAAAAGGAGGAUGCGCACCUGCCCCGGUUCUGUGGCCCAUGGGCACGUUUGCAGUCACAAAACCAGCACAUUAAUGGAGUUAAUAAUUAUCCCGGGAGACAGCGAGAGCCGUCUGCCUGUCUGUGCCACUUGGCCCCCACUGCUGUGGUCAGGCAAAAGGCAGCAGAUGGGAAAGCAGAAGAGUUCAAGCUCGUGUACAGGUUCCCAGGGAUUAAGUACUGCCGGAUGCUGUCCCGACUGAAGCUGCUGCAGACCGGCACCACCCUGCUCAUGCUGCCACCUGUCUGCUACCUCUACCUGCAAGACCAGGUUUCUCAGGGUAUCUUCUUGUAUACAGCUAGCAUCGCAUUCUUUGCUGGUGCAAUGCUGUAUGGUAUGAGCUACUUUUUCAGACGAAUUAUUGGAUUAAUGUACUUAAGUGAAACUGGCCGUACGGUUAAAGUGGCCCACUUGACGUUUUGGGGAAGACGGAAUGACAUUUACUGUCCCCUAGAGACAGUGAUACCUCUGGAUGAAGUUGGAGAUAGCAAAGGGGAGCUGCUUCUCCAGUUCAAACGCUAUAACAGUACAGAUGUUUUAUAUUUUACACUUAGGUUUGGCCAGAUUGUAGACAGACAGAAGUUUAUGCAAAUAUUUGGAGAACCUGAGUGAUACAGCAACUAAUUUCCAGUGAUUUUCCUUGUUGCAUGUUCAUUGUGCUUAUUCUUCUGUGAAGUUUAACUACCAAAGUGACAUCUGUCAUUUUCCUAUGCAAAGCUAGCUGGUAAGUGCACUCGGUGUAGAAAGUAGCAAUGAUAAAGAGCAAUCCACUGGAUUAAGUGGCUUUGUAGCUUGUUUAAGGUAUGAGCAGUGUCUCUUCCAUGUCAGAUAGUGACGUGCCUGGUGCACUGUCACCAGCAGUUCAGUCUAAAGUGCCCUACUUGGAAGGUGCAGUGGGAGGCUGUAUUAAUUACUACUGCUGACCC